AUGCAAGAUGGAUAUUCGUGUCACCCAAAGCAGCGCACACCCAAGGCAUGCGAUCGGUGCCACCGGCAGAAGUUGAAAUGCGAUACCGCCCGUCCUUGCAUUCUCUGUGUCCGAGCCUGUCGCAAAUGUGAAACCACUACGAGAAGAUCCCCUCGCCGGAAAGGGCUGCGACAAAAUAAUGCUUCUUAUACAGCUUUGCGACCAAAACCAGCCGUGACCGGAUCCUCGCCUGAGCUCCUCUCGCCAGCGUCGACUGCGACAACAUCGGAUAAGCAACAGCUGAACACGAACACGACCACCUCCACGAUUGAUUUCGCACGACAGGUAUUUAAUGAGCAGGAAACAGGGCGCAUCUUAACCGGUGCCUCGCUCCCCGGAGAUGUGGGCACAGCGAAUCCUGGCGAACACCUAUGGAGUCUGCAACAAAUCAAGAUGCCCCCGACUCCGGUUAUGAUCUCUCUGCUCGACGCUUACUUCCACCGCGUGCAAUGGUUCAUCAUGUUGCUCGUUGAGCCCCAUUUUCGGAAGACCGCCCAGGACAUCAUUUCUCGAGACCAGUGGCCUCGCCGAGAGCUUGGUUCAUGCAUGCUACUCCUAGCUGUCGCGGCGAUCGGACUACAAUCUGUUCUCUCCGACAAGGAUUGGGACGGGUAUGAUCAGAUGCGUGUCCACAAUAUCGAUCCGGAAACUUUGCUCCAAGGAUUUGUUGCGGAGAUACGUCUCCACUUGCUAGAUGUCUUAGAAGACUGCCAAGUUGAAGCCGUGCAAAUACCUCUGCUUCUGUCUUCUUACUAUGUCUUCCACAAUUCUCCUCGUCUUGCCUGGACCGUUCUGGGAAUGUCGCUCAGGGCAGCAUAUGCUCUAGACAUGCAGAAUCAAGAUACUUCGGGUACGGAUCUAAUUAUGGCAGAGACAAAAUCAAGGUGCUGGAAUCACCUCGUCGUUUCGGAUACUUUUACUUCCAUGGUUUAUGGCCGACCCGUUUCGAUCGACUACGCUGAAGUUCAUCAACUCAGAGUUUUGGACGACCUCACCUUGCCACCUGACCUAUUUACCUCUCUUCCCGGGGCAACAGACAAUGGCAAUAUUGGAAAGGGGUUAUUCCACGUCAUGAAAACCGAAAUAUACGAGAUCGUGCGUCAAACGCUUCUUCGAUUCCACCGACUUCGCCUAGGACCGAUAAUGGAAGACAAAGACCUGGAGGCCAUCGCGUCAAUAGUCCAAGAUUCGGAUAACGCAUUACAGUCGUGGAGAAGGAAUGUUCCUCAAAUUUUGGACUUUGAAUUUUGGCGGGGUGAAGGGUGGCACAGACUCGGCCAGGAGGUCCAGGAGUCUACCGAAGCCAUGAAAGAGCAGGCAGAAACCAUGUUUCUCCAAGCAGCUCUUUUACAACUAACAUAUGACUCUGCCCUAAUCCAGAUCCACCGCUCUCUCCUAGAAAGGAAACUAAGAACUGCAUAUAAACCCGUCGUGGACGCAAUAAACAGAUCCCUCGUUGCAGCUACAGCAGCAGCUCUUCGAAUCUCACAAAUCCCAGUCCACAAAUUUCGAAAACACUUCGCUAUAUCAUUUGUUUCGAUGCAACAGUUUACAGCUGGAGUCAUUCUUUGCAUUCAACCCACAUGUCUCCCGUUCUCGCCAGCUGCGUUGGAAGCCAAGGCUGGAGUUCUGAAGAUAAUAAGGGCAAGUCGGACGGAGAGCCAUCAGAAUCGGAUCGCGAGGCACACAGAGCAGCUUCUCACUGAAUUGCUGAAAGUCACAAACCAGCGUGAGAUGGCUUGUGCCCUGGGCGAUAACGUGAGCGGUAGGGUAUCCAAAGAAACCAUGUUCAACGGGCCGAGCAAUGCCAUUCAACAAGCAUGCCCACCCGUAGUCGAGGCAUAUGGUGGGAGAUCCUCUUCUACAGCGCCUAUCUCUACCUCACAAGAGUUAUCUGAAAAUGGGAAUGGAUCCUGGGGAGAGAAUUCGGGAUGUGAAUUGUCAUCCAAUACCGCAAUGUCCUUGGAAUAUCCGUCGGAAUACAUUUUUGAGCAAUUGGACAGCACGUUCGGCGCAUUUGGAGAAACAAUUUUCAAUAUGAUGCCCGAAGAUCAGAAUAGUAGUUGGAAUUGGGGUCGCACAUUCCCUUGA